AAAAAAACCUAGAAUGCAGAAGAUGGCACAGGAAUGGUUCUCCGGCGGCACCAGCGGCGCCGGCGACGACUCGCAGAAGCCAGCGUCCUCUCUCCUAGCCGAUUGGAACUCCUACGCCGCUUCCCAAUCUGCCGAGGACACCGCCUCUGUAAACCUCGGCUUCGAUCUCGAAUCUGCGGUCCGCUCCGCAAACGACACCGUUUCGGGGACUUUCAGCGUGGUUUCCAAAGGAGUGAGAGAUCUACCUGGGAACCUCCAGUCUGCCACUAGUAGUGUCCCUUCGGGAAAGGCUCUCAUGUAUUUUGGUUUGUUUCUGGCGACUGGGGUGUUCUUUGUGUUCAUCGCCUUUACCAUGUUCCUUCCGGUUAUGGUAUUGAUGCCGCAGAAGUUUGCUAUCUGUUUUACACUUGGGUGUGCCUUUAUUAUUGCAUCCUUUUUUGCACUUAAAGGUCCACAGAAUCAGCUUGCGCACAUGUCUUCAAAAGAGAGACUUCCUUUCACCCUUGGAUUUUUGGGCAGUAUGGUGGGUACCAUAUAUGUCUCGAUGGUGCUUCACAGCUACAUUCUCUCUGUGUUCUUCUCUGUAUUACAGGUUCUAGCACUUGCAUACUAUGCUGUUUCAUACUUCCCUGGUGGAUCGGCUGGUUUGAAGUUCCUGUCUUCCGCCCUUACGUCCUCAGUAAUGAAAUGUUUUGGGAGGUGACGUUGACCUCUUUUACUUCUAUGCUUGUUCCCUUGUAUAUUUCUUACAUAAGAUUUUUUGUAAGUGUAGUUCAAACUGUGGAUGGCAUGAGACAGAAUUCUAAUUUGAACCCUAUGAUAUGAGUUCUUUUUUCCCCUCGAAAAUUUAUAGUGUACCCUAAUUAAACGAAAUGAUAGUGUGAAUCAGCGACAUUGUGGAUCAA